GGUUCGACCCCGGUGGCUCCGCAGCAGCAUCUGAACCCCUCAGUGCUCCCCCGGGUUUAGGGUCACACGACCCGGUCACAGGCACACAGGCUCCCCGGCUCCCCCUCCGGCUCCUCCUCGCCUCCAGAUGCACCCCGGGCUGGCGGGUCUAGCGGCGGAGAUGCUCAGCGGGGCUUCGGGCAGGAUGAGGCCGAGGCUCGGCAGCCUCUUCCCGGCCGCGGGCACCAGGACCGCACCGCCACCACCACCGACCUCCAGCUCCCGGUUCCGCUCCACGUCCUCCGUGCAGGGCUUCACGGAGCUGGCGAGGGAGAGGUCCAAGUCCGUCACGUCCUUCUACAACCAGUCCGGCAUCGACGUGUCCGCGGAGAAGGCCUCAGUGCGACUGACCUUAGCCACCCUGUUGUAUUCUGGGAAGUCUCCUGAUGGGCAUCACAUCUUGAGCAGUGCCAAGUAUCUACAGAAAGAGCUGCCUGUACGAAUCGCUCAUCGCAUCAAGGGCUUCCGCAGUUUGCCCUUCAUCAUCGGCUGCAACCCCACAAUCCUGCAAGUGCAUGAACUGUAUAUCAGAGCGUACCACAUGGUCAGUGACUUUCCACAGAUAAAAGAUCAGGAAUCUGAUGCUCGGUUCUGUAAACUGGUGCAGCAGCUGCUGGACGACCACAAAGACGUGGUCACCAUGUUGGCUCAGGGCUUCAGGGAGUGUCGCCGGCACAUCCAGGACGAGUCACUGAUCCGAAGCUUCCUGGACACGACGCUCUGCUCUCGACUGGGAAUCCGAAUGUUGGCCACGCACCAUCUCGCCCUCCACGAGGAAAACCCUGAUUUCGUCGGGAUGAUAUGCAGACGCCUCUCUCCCAAAAAGAUCAUCGAGAAGUGGGUGGACUUUGCCAGACGUCUGUGUGAGCACCAGUACGGGAACUCGCCCCGGGUGAGGAUCAACGGACACGUAGCCGCUCGCUUCCCCUUCAUCCCUCUGCCGCUGGACUACAUCCUGCCCGAGCUGCUCAAGAACGCCAUGAGGUCCACCAUGGAGAGUCAUUUGGACACUCCGUACAAUGUGCCUGAUGUGAUCAUCACUAUUGCCAACAAUGACCUUGAUUUUGUCAUCAGGAUCUCAGACCGUGGAGGUGGAAUCCCUCACAACAUCCUGGACAAGGUGAUGGAUUAUCACUUCAGCACGGCCGAGGAGAGCGCCCAGGAUCCUCGCAUGAGCAACAACCUCUUCAACAACAUUACCAACAGUGGAAACCAGUCCAGCCCCAUGCAUGGGUUUGGCUUCGGCUUGCCCACGUCUCAGGCCUACGCCGAGUACCUGGGCGGCUCCUUGUCCAUCCAGUCCAUGCAGGGCAUCGGCACCGACAUCUACCUGCGUCUGCGCCACAUCGACGGCAAAGGAGAGAGCUUCAGGGUGUAAAGCUGCCCCCCCCCAGUCAUCCCUGUAGACCCCCACCUGGGAUUCAGGCCGUGCAGGAGUGCAGAGGGGCUUCCUCCUCCUCCCGGGGGGCUGGCAUGGACUACAGGACGUUGGUCCACAGAGUGAUAACCUACACAGUAUGUUGUCUCACAGAAGCUCCUCAUUUCACCAACCCACUACUUGUUUGUAUUGUGUUUUGUUUCUUUCUGCCUUAGACUGAUUAUAAGCUAUGUUAGCUGUCAACUCGAUGAUUUCAAUUGUUUUUUUCCUCUUUGUGUAUUGUACCCUGUGGCUUGUUGUCUUGAAGGUUU